AUGUCUCCGGCUCCAGAGCAUCUUCGCGAUGAGGGCACACGAGCACAAGUCGUCGUCGCCGGCGCCAUCUCAGGCCUGAUUUCCCGCUUCUGCAUCGCACCCCUCGACGUCGUCAAGAUCCGCCUCCAGCUCCAUUACCACUCCCUCAGCGAUCCCCUCGCCGUCGUCCGUCCCGCGAGCCGAACCCCCGCCGGAGUCUACAUCGUCGCGCGCGACAUCUGGCACCAUGAAGGCAUCACAGGGUUUUGGAAAGGAAAUAUCCCCGCCGAAGGAUUGUACUUGAGCUAUGGUGCUGUGCAGUUUCUGGCUUAUCGCAGCACGACACAGCUUCUGGAUAAGAUAUGUGAACAGAGGGAUUGGACGAUACCAGGGACGGCGAAGAGUUUUAUAAGCGGUGCGGUGGCGGGCACAGCAGCCACAACCGCUACAUACCCGCUCGAUCUCCUACGGACACGAUUCGCCGCGCAGGGCACGGAAAGAGUCUACGAUGGUCUCAUAGGGAGUGUGCGCGACAUCACCCGCCACGAGGGACCAGCAGGUUUCUUCAGAGGACUCAACGCCGCAAUCGGGCAGAUCGUGCCAUACAUGGGACUCUUCUUCGCUCUGUACGAGGGCUUCAAACCACCGCUCGCGACAGUCCAACUGCCCUUUGGAUCCGGCGAUGCCGUGGCAGGUAUUGCAGCCAGCAUAUUGAGCAAGACGGCCGUCUUCCCACUCGAUACUGUGAGGAAGCGCUUGCAGGUUCAAGGACCUACGCGAAGCAAAUAUGUGGGAGGGGCUCGCAUUCCGGUCUACGAGCGAGGUGUGGUGAGCACGAUGAAGAUGAUAUUGAGGAAAGAAGGGGCGGUGGGCCUUUAUAGAGGCUUGACGGUCAGUCUGAUCAAAGCUGCGCCGUCGAGUGCUGUCACCAUGUGGGCGUAUGAGCGUGCUUUGCAUAUGUUCAUGAAGUGGGAUGAUGGAGGAGAAAUGGCAUAG